UGGGUAGGACACGACUUGAAAAACAGUUUGUAAGAGUAGCCUCUUUUUUGUACUGAGCCAGUACAAUAAUGUCCCACUUCAAAUGAGGCGAGGCGUACUGAAGCUCGGCAAUACAUUUGAAGUGACGAGUACAAAUAUGACAUUGAGGCGUACAGAAGCUCGACAUUACGUUUGUGUGCACGAGUAGCACCUCCUCUACGCACUAUCAAUCUUGCUGGAUCCAGCAUGCAGGACAGCGCUAUACACGUAAAAGAGAUAGAGAUACAGAUGGAUAGUGCGUAGAGGACUUAAAUAAAAUAUCAUGCCUCGCUCUCUCUCAGUCAGACUUACGAAGAGUGAGUGAGUAACGAGACGCGACUAUCGCGACAUUUAAUGUGAAGUAGUACAUUUUAAAAUAUUGAUCCGCUCUUACAUUUUGACAUCAUGUCCGGGACAAAUGUACCGCCUCUUGUAAGUCCUACUCAACACUAGUUCCUUACUGCGAAGUAAAACAGGCCUCACGAACUUGAUGUCGCCGACGUCCACAUGUGGUCUAGCGCCACCACAGCUUAUCCAUUGCCAAUAAAUUAAAAAAAAUAAAAAAUAAUAAUAAAUAACACACAUACUUAGCGUCAUAGUUUUAGUAAUUGGUUUUAUUUUACGAGAUUUUCGUCACUAAGAUCACUAAGUAGCAAGUUGCGCUAACGUAACGUUUUUCAGUAUGGAAUCGAAUUACUUUAAGGUAGCUGAAGAUCCCGAAUUAUUAUCUAAAUUUAUAGAUAAAUACGUUAAAUUGCAAGUAAUCAAAAAUACAUCAUUUACAGGCUUUGUACACUCUAUUGAUCCCAUAUCAUUCAGUGUUUUAAUCUCUGUGCCUCAAGAAGACCAAUAUCAAACAGUUUUGAUCCCUGGUCAUGCUAUCUUAGGAAUUACCGAAACGGAACCUUCAGCAAAUGCAAAGCCUCCUCAAAGAAAAAGAACCACCUUAGAUGACUCCAUUCAAAUAUCAAGAAAAGAGACAAUUGUGAAGUGGCUGAAAUGGAAUAUGUUACCAGUUACUGAAGAUGGGGACAAAAUAGUUUUUGGAAAUGCGAGUAUUCUACCACCAUACAGUGUAAUGGACAUAUGUACAGAUAAUCCAAUGGUUGCAAUACAAAUGAGAAAAAUUAUUGAGAAUAUGCCACAUGAUUUUGAAUCUAACUGAUUUGAUCUAAUACUGUUAAUACUAUAAUGCUGCCUUGUAAAUAUCCAUUAAGAAUAAAAAGAACUAGUAUUGCUAUCACAGAAAAAACUU